AUGCAUUGGAGUCGAUACUUAGCGCUAGUAGCAGUUGUGCUGCUGGAGGUUGAUACUGCACGUGGAGAUUUCGGUAUAGCGCCGGCUAUUCAAGGCUCAACUGCAGUGGAAAUGUACGCGCGGCGAAUUCGCGACGAAGCCAGUGGAGUCGCGAACGCCUACGGAGACAUCACGCUCGAUGGACCAUCGGACGCAUUCAACCAGGCGGCCCUUGCACUCAAGACGAUGUUUGAGCAGAUUGUAAACUCCGUACUACCGAUCGCACAAGCAAUCGCCACGCUGGCCCCGGACGAUGUCGGUCCAGCGGAAAACCUUUUCGGAGAUGUCGAUACGAAGAUUGCCAGCAUGUUGACGUUCAUCAAUGGCGAUGCGCAAACCCAGCUCGCCACCAUACAGACGAAAGUGAGUGUGUACGUUCGCAAGGAGCUGAAUGACAUUCUGAACUCGCUGAAAAUAACGUUAGGUGAGCUGCGAACUGCACUGAACACACUCCGUACCGCCGUCAUCAGUGCGCGCACCAAUCGUGCCAAUUCUACCAACAUCCAGUACUACGUGAAGUCCUCGAUGGUGGUGAUGGUGCAGACGAAAACGCUCCAACUCUCCACAGACCUGCCGGCGGCGACCUUCUCCGCGAUCGAGUCGGCCCGUACGAUCAAUCAGGCCAACUUAUUCAUCCAGAUCGGCAUAACCGUUUCGACCGGCACAAUGCUGGCCGAUCUUUGGGAGAGUGAGAUGCUGAAGGCAUACGAAAAGAUCGUGGGAUUUCUGGACCAACUGAGGGCGCUCGUGGCGUCGGAGAUCCCGAAAGUAAAUGCCCGCAUGGCGCUAUUUGCUCAGGUUUUCAGUCCACUAACGACACCGCUCGGUACGAAGUACGGUGAGAUUAGUACGGUUUACGGGAAGAUCACCACCGGCACCGGUGAUAAUGUGCUCAACGCGUACAAAACGUUAGUCGCAUCGGCGCUCGGGUACAUCAGUAAUCUUAUGCGUGUGUUCUUCCCACCGAUCGAACCCGUGAUUAAGCGUCUGGCGGAGGUGUUAGUCCAGCGAGGACCGUACAGUGACUAUUGCUACGAAACGUACUACCCGAAGGUGGAACAGUAUCUGUACUCGGGCGAAAUGAAUGUGCUGACGUGUCUCAAUACAGAGCUGGAGCGCGAAAAGUAUCUGAUGGAGGCGGUCAUGGAGGUCAUUUACGAGCUGCAGUUCUUCCUGGAAGACACCGAAGCUUAUCUGAAAGUUUGCUAUCGUUUGUCACUGUUCGAUACGGCGUUGGCUAAUCAGUGCUUGCAGGAGCACACGGAAUUCUCCGAACCGAUUCCUUGCACGGCCAUCAAGGAGUACGCCGUCAUGCUUCAGCUUCUGUGCAAGGAGGUCGACUCACUCCGUUACCGGCUGUGGGCCUGUGUGUCCCGCGAUACGGUAAGGUUCCCGCUCGAAGCCAAAGACAUAUUGGCCAACGUUGAAAAGUGCCAGCAGUAUGGCCCUCAGUAG